UAGGAAGACAUGCUCAUAAAGCCCUCCGGCCGAUGGGCAAGAGCUGUGAAGGUGGUUGCGGUCGCCAGGCACAAAAUUUGCGCUCCGCACAGUCCCAGUCGCCUUCUGUGUUCAAUGACUCCAACUGCUCACACUUUUCUCUCGACUGUGCACGCCAACCAACCUACCGUCACAGAACCUCAUUAAGUGUUACGAGUAACAAUCAAAGGACACUACUAAACCGCAGAAUUCCCGAUUCAUCCUCUGCAACCACCAGACCCAUCCUCAGGCUUGCUGAUAUCCUGCAGCACAGCCCACAAGACGAGCUGGAAAAUAAUCUGCCAGUAGAGGCUCAAGAGCAGGAAAGACAUUACACGAGCAAUUCGAGGCUCAGGGCUGGAGCUAGAGCCUUCAAGACUUUUGAGAAGCAAUCAGCAGCAGGAAGUCAACGAGCGCUUCAUUCUGCAUCUGCUCAGUAUCUGCCCUCACAAAAUUCUGCCCACGAUCUCAGGGCUUCUCCUCCCCGCUCGUCCACAAAUCCAAACGACGGGAGAGACUCUUCCGCCUCUCAUCCUCCCAGCAGUUCAAUGACGUCCGAGUCUUCCUCCACGUCAACCCCUGCCCAACACAAACCUCUGGUCGUUGGCCGCACAAAACCUCAACCCGAGCCCUCCACCUCCACCUCAUCUACCACAAUGCACUCGUCCUCGGCAGAGAAGUCGAUCCCCACCGAAGUCAAGCAAGGACUCAACCACGAGAUUGCCGAGAAUGUGAAAUCCAACACCGUCGAAGCCGCACCGGCAGACCCUUCACCAGCUGCAGGCAAGAAGAAGGAAAAGGCCCCCAAACAACCAAAACAACCCAAAGCCGCACCACCAUCUGCACCCUUAACGCCCGCCCUCAUCGACCUCCGCGUCGGACACAUCCUGCGCGCAAUCGCCCAUCCUAAUGCAGACAGCCUGUACGUCUCGACGAUCGCCAUGGGUGACCCCGAGGGCACAGAACACACCCAGGUCGAUGAGGAGACAGGCAAAGUCGUUCGGACCGUAUGCUCGGGUCUGAAUGGUCUUGUGCCUCUUGAGGAGAUGCAGAACCGCAAGAUCGUUGUCGUCGCGAACCUGAAACCAGUCAACAUGCGCAGCAUCAAGUCUGCAGCCAUGGUUCUCGCCGCGUCGCCGCCUGCGGAGGAAGGUGCCGACCCGCACGCGGCAGAUCGUGUCGUCGAGUUGGUUAACCCACCUGAGGGCGCCGAGGCCGGUGAUCCAGUCUUCUUCGAGGGUUGGCCAUACGGCGAGGGAAGAGGUCCGGAGAAGCAACUCAACCCGAAGAAGAAGCAGUGGGAGGCGAUCCAGCCGGGAUUCUUCACCAGCGAGGAUCUUGUUGUAGGCUUUGACGCGGCAAAGACAGAAAUUGGUGGUGCAGAGAAAGGUGAUCUGAUCGUUGCGGGUAAGGGGAAGUGUACGGUUACGAGCUUGAAGGGCGCUGUUGUGCGGUAAUAAAGUGUCUAACACCCUUUGCAAGGAGCGACGGCCGAGGGUCCUACAGCACCGAAAGAUCAUCUCAAACCUGGCUGAGCAUGGCGAGCGGCUUCCUGGACGGAGACAGACGACAGGGCGCCAGGCACGACGACACGACGGAGGCACGCGGUCACGUGUUAAAAGCGCUGAAACAAAGGCCCUGAAGGGGCCUGCGAGAUGAACGCUCCAAAUGACAGAGCGUGGGCGCAGAUCGACAAGGAAUGGACGAGCUUCGGAGAAUCACCAGCGAGAUACGCAAGUCUAAUCACUGAUGGCCAUCGAGAAAGGAUAUGGAGGAUCCGGAACGUCAUGUCUUCGGAACGCCAUGUCUCCGGUAUGGUCAUAGCCAUGCCAAUGCCCAUGCGCCCAUGCCCAUACCCUCUCAAGAAGUCUAGACAAAGAAAAACAAAGACUACCUAGAAGUUAGAAUACCGGCCAAGGCCCUUGUCAACCCUUC